AUGGAGGACGGUUAUACAGGUGGCCGCAGCCACGCACAGAUCCUCCAUAACCUCAUCCAAGACGGCGCAUCGGAUUCGAUAUCGCGCGCAACGUCGCCUGGCUUCGGCUGCAGCUCCAAUGGGAUCGAUUUAGAGAAGCAGAAGAGAUACCGACCUCGAACCUUCCCUUACUUCAAGCUCCUCCCAUAUAAUGUCGAGGAAGAGGCGGAACGAAAUGCGGCCCUGGAGGAAAUCUUGAAGCAGCUAUACAUUGCGAUCAAGGCGGAAGACAUUGCACCGGGUGCCGUCCAUUGGACGAGAGAGCUGAGGGGAUGGCUGAAUCUCAAGUUCGAGAUCACACGAGCCUUACGGGUCAAGCUCGUAAAGCUCUAUUACAUGCUUUGCUUGGCCCCCGGGAUAGACUCUUCAGCUGCGGAUAGAUUUGAGAGUAUGUUUCGUUUGUUGACAAAGAGAAAGCACUAUCUGAAACCCGGAGAAGACCUCAUAUUAGACUGGAGGCCGUUAUGGAAGGAACUGAAAAGCAUUGUUCUCCCCUCCGAAAUCGCAUCACAUCAAAGCUCACGAAAACGAAACCACAAGCACCUUAUCCCGCUUUGCAACCAUGCAUACCAGUACUUUGAUCCUAAAGAAAGGAAGGUCAUGCUCGAAGAGAUGCUGCCCUACUUCAGCACAUCAGAUAUUAGCGGUGCAUUCAUAGUGUUGGGUUCCCUGAACCUGCUCAUGCCCACGCACCCAGCACCAGAUGAGCCCGGCCAGCUCCAACCCCAAGAUUAUCUCCCAACUUUCUUCCAUCUCUGGUCCCUUGUCGCGCGCUCCAAGCAGGCCGAUAUAUGCUUCUUUGAUAUUUUCUCCCGGCUUGCCCGAGAUUCACUGACGAGCAAGCACGUCCAAUUCUCCGAGUAUGGCAUCUUUACCAAGGAUCAGUCCGAUCUGAUAUUCACAGCCCUGCUACGAUUGACCGAGAUACCUGUGGGCCAGGCAAGCUCACCGUAUAGUUCGAUUAUUGAUCUUGGAUCAGGUCUUGGUAUGUAUCUGGAGAAGGAUAAAAGAAAGAACCCGAUAGGAUACUCGAUUGCGCGGUGGAUCGGAAUGUCACUGUCCCCCGCGUGUUUAGACAAGCCAGGUUCUAUUCUUUCGAAUCUGGAGGGCAUGAUGGAAUCCAUCGAUACAUUCUUCCAUCCAUCCAACCAGGGCGCCUGGACGGACAUGCUGGGGUCAAUCGUAUUCCAUUUGGUUGAUUUCUUCGUCAUGCGCUGGAACAGGGAACAGAGCGGAGAGCUAGACACACCACCAGAGCGUCGAAUUAAUGAUGAGCUGAAGAGGAGGUUUGUCUUGAGCUUGAAAGAGGUUAUGUUCAUGGGUCUUUUCUCAAAGCGGGCCAAGUCCCUGAACUACUUUUUUGGUGCUUUACAAGGUCUGGCUUACUUAGAACCACACCUGAUCUUACCAGGAGCUUUGCAACGAUUUUAUCCCUCAUUGCAGGGCCUGGUAGAAGUCCACCGCACACAAUCAUCUCUGUGUAGUCUGCAGAUGGUAGCCAGUAUCAUGGCAAAGCAUAAAGGCUUGCGAUGCCACGUUACUGCACUUCUGGCUUUGGCAUUGCCAGGCAUCGAUGCUAACGACUUGUCGAAAACACAGCACACCCUAAACUUCAUACAGACUGUUGCCUACAGCGUACCCUUCGUCGAUCUUACCAAGGAUCGCAGCGAUAUUCAUGAUAGUGCACUUGCCAUUCAAUGGGUCCAGGGUGAAAUGGAGCGUAUGGAAAGAGAGGGACCAAACAUUGAGAUAGACUACCGGACGGAACUAAGUGAUGAGGAUGAAGCAAACAUCGUCCGUUCAUCAACAGCUGGCUUCGGUGAAUUUGUCUUGUCUCUACUGGGCAGAGUAUUCACGCUCUUGGAGAAUCUUCCUGAGUCGUCGAGGGUGCGGUCAGGGUCGCCCGAAGAGAGUGUGAUCAACACUCUGCCCGCCGCUCUUUCGCCGCUCUUCUCCUCCCUUUCGCCGGAGAUUUUUGACCAGGCUUUGGAGAAGGUUGCGACUUUUGUUGGCGGCCAUGUGGUUCACCAGGCCCGAGAUGCAAUGGCUUUUAUCUGCAAUUCCCUAUGCAAGGCCAACCCCGAAAAGACCUUGAAGAUAUUCGUCCCCAUGCUCAUCGUCGGUAUUCGUAACGAGAUCGAUUACAACAAUGCUGCAUCGGAUAGAAAUAGUGGCGUUGAUGUCUUGCCUCGAGAUCGGGCCUUGGUCUGGCAUAUUAGUAUGCUCAGCAUGAUUAUAGUUCACGUUGGCGAUAGUGUUCUGCCCUACAAGAAGGAGUUGUUUGACAUUGCGCUUUACAUGCAGGAGAAAUGCCGCGGCACACCUACGGUUCAUAUAUCAAACUACAUCCACCACCUUCUCCUCAACCUCACUCUUAUCUACCCCGUCGAUAGCGCGUUAUAUGAGCCGGAAGUCAUUGAAAGGGGCCUGGAUGUUAGCGAUUGGGGCAAGUGCAUGGAGCCCUCCAAUUUGACGAUCAACUGGCAUCUUCCUUCUCCGGAGGAAAUUUCAUUUGCAGUGGAACUAUUUGAAUCCCAAGUGGAUACCGCGAUGCAGCGGCUCACAGAUCUCAUAAGUGACAACCCAUCCAUCAGUAGGAAGGGCAAGAACAAGGAGUGGUCGGAUGAGGUCUCGAGAAAUCUUUCCCAGUUACGUCUUAUACUCUCGGGUAUUGCAACGCUCUUUGACCCAAAGAAGGCGUCGGGUCAAUCCGACUCGGCUCGAGAUGCUGAUGGUGACAUCUCGAUGGGCAUGACUGCGCCAACGGAUGAUGAUGACAACUCCUUAGCUGAGACGGCUGAGGACGAUGAGACUAGACCACAGUUCCAUUAUCGCGCUGGGUAUCUCCUUGAGAAAGAGAGUACUACCUAUGUCCAGAUCCACAAACGACGCGAAGAUAUUGGCCACCUUCUUUCAAAAAUACAUUCGUUCUUGACGCGGAGCCAGGAAGAUGAUGUUGCUUGUUUCACAGCUUUAUACUUGACCUAUAGGACGUGGAUUACGGAUGUUGGCAACGAGCGAUCUGCUCAUACAUUGGAGCGAGUCACCAAACUCUACGCCGCCGAUAUCCGGGCCUUUAAGGUCAACGGCCUGCGAAAAGUAUAUCCACGGCCCCUCUUGAUCAAACGGGCUGGGAUAUACCAUUUCCAACGAGCGAAACACAACUCUUCUGCCAGGCAAAAGUCCGCCCUUGAUAAGACUCUCCUGUUGGAUUUAGCUGAAUCUUCGGUGUCCUCGUAUGCUGAAGUCCGUAUCAAUGCCCAGUCUGCCUUAGAAUCUGCAUUGAAGAGCCUGGUCGGCGGACGACCUCUUGUCAUCCCUCCCCUCCUGGACAAAUUUGAACAAGCAUUGGAUAGGAACGAUUACGAUGUGAUCAAAGGUUCUCUAUACACUUUACUCUUCAGCAGUUUAACGAAGACCAUUUCGAAGGAUUGGCGAUUUGCUCCUCGAUUGAUUAACCUCUAUAUCCGGACUUCUUCCGUUGAUAAAGCCUCCAUACAGAAGGUCAGCAACAGCGCCUUGUAUGGCAGUCUCCUCGAGUUUGGCAAGGCGUUGGAGACAUAUAUGGUUAUCGACCAAGAUCUAUUGCAGGUCUUUGAACCCAAGGAGGAUUGCACAGCAAAGAUCAAAUCCAGGCAUGACUUCCUCGUGCAAAGAAGAGAUAAGGUCGAAAGGAAGAAACUCGAUUUGGCGAAUCGCCUCACUGAGCUUUCGAAGAAUUCACAUUGGAAGAUUGCAGGCAAAUGUACCAUCUUCAUCCAUAAUGCAGGCCUUCGAACCCAGACCCUUGUACCACCGUCUUUCAUCGAGCUGGCUGUUCAAGGUUCCAUCGAUGACCACCCAGGACUCCGAAGCGGCUAUGCUGAGAUGCUCACCCGCAUCUUCAGUCUCAUCGAAACUCGCGCGGUAUACGAUCACAGCUAUGAGAAGUUUAUCCGCGAGGAGGAGAAGCCACGUAAUACCAUCGAGGUGAAAGUCGAUCGUGACGAUCCGAACUGGACCGAAAAGUUCCUAGCUGGGUUUGCGAAGCCAGAAUUGCCCGAGUACUUCGUUGACCGAGACUUUCCAGGAUGGCUUGUUUGGGGUGACAGCUUCAAAGCUAUGAAGGCCAACCCGGAUGAGUUUACGGACUAUGAUGAGCUGGAAUCUUCUGCCAGGAAACAGAUCGGUAGUUUGUUGACCCGCGAAUGGUAUCACAAGUACUUCGGAUUCAUGAAACAAGAGCCUCGUGACUCCACAUCGGAUCGAUUCAGACUCCAUCACGUCAUGCUCCUACUUUCCGCUUUCAGUCUCAUAUACGCUGAUUUGUCUGCGGCCACGUUUGAGGAUAUUCAGGAGGAGAUCAAAGCAACCUUCGAAGACGGUACCGAUAAACAUCAGCAUCGUGCAACGUCGGAGAUAUUGGCAGCUCUCAUGCUUUCUGCCCUUUCAUGGCCAAUCAAGACUCGCAAUAAGGUCUGGGACUAUGCCGUGCCGAUCUUGCUCCAGGUGUUCGCUGAUGGACUUACCCCUGAGAACAUCCAGUAUUGGAUGACCUGCUUGCACAUGCUUAUCUCGGGGAAGGAUCCGAGACAAGCACGAGAGAUAUUUGACAAGCUCAGUUCGUUCAGGCUGGACAUGUCGUCAAACGCUGCCUUUAAGGAAAGCUCAAAGGUGCAGUUACUCGAGUUCGCUAUACAGGAUGCGGGUUGGCAUUUCCGUGCCGAGAAACCAAUUCUCGAAGACUUUCUUGCACACAUCGAUCAUCCUUACAAGAGCGUCAGGGAGGCAAUUGGACGUACUAUCGCCGCGAUCUAUCGCACUCGCUACUACGAGGCUUUCAAGGAUGUCGAUACGCUUUUAAGCGCGAACAAGGCGGCUUCCUCUAUUGGUAUCAAACCCUACCAACCUUCCAAAGAGUUUACAGCAAGCAUCAAGGAUGUCUUUAACCGACUCGAAGUAUGGCGUAAAGAACGUGCUCCAGGUCAACAGACACCAUCUUCUUACACCUCGGGCAGCAAGACUGUCUUGUUGUGGUUGGAUACAACACUUCAGUCUCAUGAAUGCACACAACUAUUAGACUUCUUUCCGGAUGUCUUCAUGGAGCAGCUCCUGCACAUGAUGGAUGUCAAGGAGGAUCCCGAGCUACAGCAAUUAUCUUACCUUGUUUAUCGUCACCUGCCUAAUAUCCCUUUCCGCUCUGGCGAGGAUGGCGACUUCAUCUCUGCCCUUAUCCGCAUUGGCAAGAUGUCCACUUCUUGGCACCAACGCCUUCGCACCUUGAUAAACAUGCAAGUCAUCUACUUUCGCCGUAUCUUCCUCAUCAAACCCGAGCAGCAGCAGGAGCUUUUUGACGCGGUAGCGGAAAUGCUUGAAGAUCCGCAACACGAGGUCCGGAUGGGUGCUUCUACCACUCUGGCUGGUAUGAUUCGUUGCUCGCCCGUUGCGCUUCGAAAUAAUAUCCUGUCCUCCCUCAAGAAGAAAUUCGCAGACGCCCUCAUGCAGAACCCCAUGCCGAAGAAGAAGACGACGCCCGGCGCGAGUACUCCUGUCAGCACUAACCAGCAAGUCAUCCGAAGACAUGCUGCAGUGUUGGGUCUCGGUGCGUCAGUGACGGCCUUCCCAUACGCCACCCCGCCACCAGAAUGGAUGCCGGAGGUUCUAGCGCUGUUGGCUUCGAGAGCUGCCAAUGAUGCGGGCGCCAUCGGCAAAGCUGUGAAGACUAUCCUGGCGGACUUCAAGAAGACCAGACAGGACACCUGGGUCACCGACCAGAAGUACUUCACAUCGGAGCAGCUCGAGGAUUUGGAAGGCGUCUUGUGGAAACCUUACUUUGCAUAA